AUGAUUGUAUUGAAAGCAAAAGUAUUCAAUGAUGGGCGAUAUACAGGAGAAAAUAUAGCGGCAAAGUUAGAAACUAUGUUGUCAUCAUGUGUAAUUCCCAAAGAAAACGUAUUAUGUAUUGUAAGAGAUGGUGACACUAACAUGAAAAAAGAAAUAACUCGAGAACUAAGUGCAGCCAAUGUUUUCAUAUCAUCUGUGAUUCCGUUAUUGGCCACUCUGGAAAAGGUGAUUGAUGAAUAUAAUGCACCUGACGAGUGCAUUAGGAACACUAUACUUGUUUUAAAACAAGAAAUGAGACACAGAUUUUCUCACUUAGAAAACGACAUAUUAUUUGCUACAGCAACGUUUAUUGAUCCUAGAUACAAAACGAAAUUCUUCAAAAAUCCUUCAACAAAAGAUCAAGUCAUGAAAAAUAUUUUAGAUUCACUUGGAGAUGAGGACUAA